CUCAUCAGUCAUGGUCAAGGAAGAGCUCCAAUGCUGUCGAGGGUGCCACCGUCCCGAUGGAUAAGUAGACCUUUCCUACACUCUUUGUCUGCUCGUCCCUCCAUUCCGCCGUCAAUAGCAGGAAUCAGCUCUCCCAUCGUAUCUGCUGGGAAUUCUGUUGCUACCAUCAUCUCAGUGCGCAGGCUCACAAUGGCCGCUACUGACAACAAGCCAAAAGGCCAUGCCAAUGGCGUCAAUGGCUUCCACAGCAACAACUGGGACACUACCACUCCCAUCUCGGCAUUCGAUUUCAGAAGCGAUACCAUUACUACGCCGAAUAGUCGCAUGCUCGAGGCCAUUGCAGCCACGACUCUCGCCGACGAUGUGUUCCAAGAAGACCCUACCACGAACGAGCUCGAACAGCUCAUCACCAGGUUAACGGGCAAAGAAGCCGCGUUGUUUGUCCUCUCAGGCACGAUGGGCAACCAAGUGGCCAUUCGCACACAUCUGACUGGCCCACCACAUGGCGUCGUGGCAGAUCAUCGAGCACAUAUUAUCGAAUGGGAAGCUGGCGGCGUUGCUUCCCUCUCCGGGGCCAUGUGCAAAGGAGUAAUACCGAGCAAUGGGAAAUACCUGACGCUGGAAGACGUACAGAAGGCGGUGGACUUGAGAGAUGACAUACAUGGCUGUCCAACCAAGUUGAUCAGUUUGGAGAACACACUGGGAGGUGUUAUCUACCCACUGGACGAAAUUCGUCGCAUCAGUGCCUGGGCUCGUGAGCACAAGAUCAUUAUGCAUCUGGACGGCGCAAGGCUUUGGGAAGCAGUCGCUGCUGGGUCAGGCAGUCUCGUGGACUACUGUGCAUGCUUCGACAGCGUGAGUUUGUGUUUCUCCAAAGGUCUCGGAGCGCCCGUGGGCAGCAUGAUCGUAGGCACCAAGGCCUUCCGGGAACGAUCUCGUUGGAUCCGAAAGAUGAUCGGUGGAGGCAUCCGACAGGCCGGUGUACUUACUGCUGCCGCACGCGUCGCAGUAGAAGACACAUUCCUCGGCGGCAAGCUGCAAGUCUGUCACGAACGGGCACGACAGAUUGCAGCAUUAUGGAAGAGCUACGGGGGCAAGACGAGCCAUCCCGUGGAGACGAACAUGGUCUGGCUCGAUGUCGAAGCGGCAGGCCUACCAAUCGACAAAUUCAUCGAGCUGGGCCAGAAAGCUGGUCUACGCUUACUCGGAGGACGUCUCGUCGUUCACCACCAAAUCGGCGAAGCCGCAAUCGAACGACUCGACAACCUCUUCCAAGCGGUAUUCAAAGGAAAAGAGUUACACGGCGUGGUGGAAUUUUCAGCAUCAAGUCUGAAAUCAGCGAUUGAUCCCGAAAGGGAAGGUCAAGGUCAUUCCUAUGGGUGAUCGUUUUCCUCUACUUGUCAGGCGUGAUCCUCUCAAGUCGUCCCAGCCGACAUCGAAACUGUGCGAGAUGGCGAUCCGAGAGCCCCUCCAGUCGAGGGAACCCGAUCGCAUGCGUAUCUUCCCCGUUGAAGAGCAGAGACACAGGAUGCUGCUGCUGAUACAGAACCUGGAGACUCACGGCAUUUAUUCAAGCGCAUUGGCGCAUCAGCGGUAACUACAAAUUAUUGUUGAGAACCACUGACCGAGUUACAGCUGCAGCGUGGGCACGAAUAGGU